CUCCAGCUGAACCACCCGUGAGUUAGGUCGAGCAGAGCCGAAGCCCCCGGUGCUUUGUCGCGGGUUCGCUCCCUAGCUAUCUCGAUCACUCCCUCCCUUCUACCCUCCCUUCCUCCCGGCGGCCGUGGCGACGCUGGGGAAGCGGCAGAGAGGAGUGGCCGGGUGCUGGAAGAAUGCUGCUCCGCCGAGGGGGCUGAACCCGACACAGUUUCCCCACGGUGUAAGCCCCACGAGCCGAGCCCGAGUGACUCAACCGUAAGCCUUGUGGAUCCUGCACCUGAACCGCUGGAGGCGCUGACUGACUCGCCCACCGGAGCCUCCGGGCUUCGACAUGCUGGAGGAGCCUGGGUCUCGGCCUCCGCCCUUAGGCCUCGCGGGUCUCCUGUUCUUGGCUCUGUUCAGUCGGGCUCUAAGCAAUGAGAUUCUGGGCCUAAAACUCCCCGGUGAGCCGCCGCUCACAGCCAACACCGUGUGCCUGACCCUGUCCGGCCUGAGCAAGCGGCAGCUGGGGCUGUGCCUGCGCAGCCCCGACGUGACGGCGUCGGCGCUCCAGGGGCUGCACAUCGCCGUCCACGAGUGUCAGCACCAGCUGCGCGACCAGCGCUGGAACUGCUCGGCCCUGGAGGGCGGCGGCCGGCUGCCGCACCACAGCGCCAUCCUCAAGCGCGGUUUCCGUGAGAGUGCGUUCUCCUUCUCUAUGCUGGCUGCUGGAGUCAUGCAUGCUGUUGCCACUGCCUGCAGCCUGGGCAAGCUGGUGAGCUGUGGCUGCGGCUGGAAGGGCAGUGGUGAGCAGGACAGGCUUCGGGCCAAGCUGCUGCAGCUUCAGGCGCUGUCUCGGGGCAAGACUUUCCCCCACUCCCAGCCCAGCCCUGUUCCUGGCUCAGUCCCCAGCCCUGGCCCCCAGGACACAUGGGAAUGGGGUGGCUGUAACCACGACAUGGACUUUGGAGAGAAGUUCUCUCGGGAUUUCUUGGAUUCCAGGGAAGCUCCCCGGGACAUCCAGGCGAGAAUGCGGAUCCACAACAACAGGGUGGGACGCCAGGUGGUAACCGAAAACCUGAAGCGGAAGUGCAAAUGCCACGGCACGUCGGGCAGCUGCCAAUUCAAGACGUGUUGGAGGGCAGCCCCAGAGUUCCGGGCCAUCGGGGCAGCACUGAGGGAGCGGCUGGGCAGAGCCAUCUUCAUCGACACCCACAACCGCAAUUCUGGAGCCUUCCAGCCCCGCCUGCGUCCGCGCCGCCUCUCAGGAGAGCUGGUUUACUUUGAGAAGUCUCCUGACUUCUGUGAGCGAGACCCCACCUUGGGCUCCCCAGGCACAAGAGGCCGGGCUUGCAAUAAGACCAGCCGUCUAUUGGAUGGCUGUGGCAGCCUGUGCUGUGGCCGUGGGCACAACGUACUCCGGCAGACGCGAGUGGAGCGCUGCCACUGUCGUUUCCACUGGUGCUGUUACGUGCUGUGUGAUGAGUGUAAAGUCACAGAGUGGGUCAAUGUGUGUAAGUGAAGGUGAGCUCGCCUAGGGACGAGGAGGAGCACUGUGUGAGGGCUGCUCUCUUUCAGCCUUUUUCUCUGUCUAGGGUUAUUCGGGGCUCCCGGAAGUUCAAAGCAUCCACCUGAGACCAGCUCUGGGGGCGUAGGGUCAGGUGAAAUCUGUAACGAGCAGACUUUUGUGGGGGAAGUGGUCACCACAUUCUGUUCUUAAACACCCGAAUAGACUAAGAUGGAAUACACUGUAUGACAUCGCCUUCCCUACCUGCAGGGUCCCUCUGGCCUAGAUUCUUUGGAUAGGGAGUCAAUCUUUUGGCCACUCCUCUUCCUCGAAGGCUAACCCCAGGCAUUGUGUGGAGUCAUUAAGAUCCGAAUAUAUAGCAAGAGACCACCUCUUCCUAUUUGUGGUUCUCAGACUCCUCCACUGCAGCCCAGAACCUCCUCUUAUGGGACCUCGGGUGACAAUAAUGAGAGGUUUUUGGUUGGAAAAGGACAGAGUGUCGCAGGGAACCUCAGACGGCUGUCUUGUCGGGUUCUUGAGGCCUCUCCGUCCUCCGUUCAGUUGGUGAAAGGGUCCCUCCAAGGGAAAGGUUUUAGCCGAAGCUCUUGGAAGCUCUUUUCCUUCUUCAGCAGGAAGGGUGGGAAUGGAUAAUUUAUUGUACUGGGACAUGUUCUUGGUUCCUGUUUGAAACUAAAAUAAAUUAAGUUACUGGACUACUGGACUGGCGGAUGCAGAUGGUGAUGUCUACUGGGUUAGCAGCCUGCGGGGGUUUUGUUUUUGUUUUGUUUGUUUGUUUUUCUCUCUAGGUGAACUCUACACUCCUGUACUCAGUGACUUUUUAUGUAUAUCCUGCUGACUUCCACAAAGGAUUGGAAAUGAUGUUCAAUGACUGAGUUUAGGUGUUUAGUCUGUAGAACCAAGGUGGACUUCUGGGUGUGAAGGACUUUUAGAUCCAAAUGUGCAUGAGACCCUGCUCACCCUGAGCACCUUCAUUGUUACUCAGAAUCAAAGCUGUCAAGGGCUGGCUGGUAAAUAUACUAGAGGGUAAUUACACUAGGCUGUUUAUACUGGGUCUUUAUGUACACGACUCACCUCUACCAUAGUUACUCGAUUCUGCUGUUAUAGACCCAAAAUAGCUUUGGGCAGGGGGUGAACAAAAGUAGACACAGACUGCACAUAAGUGGACGGGGAUAGCUGUGUUCAACACAACUCACAAAGCUGGUGUUCAGGGUCAGACCAGGUCCUCUGACUGUAAUUUGUUGACCCCUUUGCAACAUGGUCACGCCUGCAAUGGAAGUUUCAGGUCUUAAGUGUAUCUUAACAAUUAAGUGGAACUAAAGGAGCAGGUGCUGUUGUCUCUAAAUCCAAACCAGAGAACUGGGCUGGGGGAUGUACAUCAAGGGUGAUGGAAAAACACAUGAGGAUUGCUACACUCAAAAUGCAAAAUGUGUUAUUUGUUGGGGAAGGGUCUCACUGUGUACCCCAGGCUAGUCAGGAGGUCAGUAUGUACCCUAGGCUGGCCUCACACUUUCCAUUGUGCCUCAUCCUCGAGUCCUGGGACUGCAGGUGGGCCUUAUCGGACCUGGCUAAAUGAGGUAUUUCUAGCAAACUAGCAUUCUCUGCAACUGAAUUAUUUGCAUAUAUAUAUAUAUGUAUAUAUAUAUAUAGUCUUUCUUUAUUCAAUGUUCUUUUUGUAUUUAAUCUGAGUAAAAUAAUUUCUUUAUCUUU